UAAAGGAGAGGAGGCAGGCAACGGAGGGCUGAGAGGUUACGAGAGGGGGAAAGGCAGAAGCAUAGAGAGAAAGAAAGAAAAAAGAAGGAACGAAAGAAAGAAAGAAAGAAAGAAAAAAAGAAGAGAAAUUGCACCCAAAAAGGAGAGCAAAACCACUCAAAACAUUUAUUCAAAAGUUAAGUAUCAACAGGUGACAAAUCAACUAUCAACAAGCUUCCAGCUGCUGGGUUGGACCCCUUUGUUACCUCACAAUGGCAGCCGCUCCCGCGGUAACCGUCACCGCGAUGCUGGUUGUCGUCAUGGUGUUUGUUGCUCCAACAUGUGGAAUGAGUAACGAGCUGGACUACGGGAACUGGAACUACAGGGAAGGAGCGGAGAGCGUGGACGUGACCUAUGUGCGGAGCGUCACGCGAGUGCUGGACUCCUGGGGCAAGAAGAUCUUCAACGAGAUCAAGACCCUGCUGCACUCACAGCCCAGCGCUCUCCUCCCCGACUACUCCAGGGUCCGCCCUCUCUCCGAGUCCCUCAACGACCUGUUCCGAGAAGUCUUGCACUUGCAGAGGCGCAUCACCGACCUCAACCAUCGCCUAGCAACCCUGGAGCCUGUCCUCCGUCGCUACGGAUACCGCACGCGAGGGGAGGAGGAGGAGGAUGAGGAUGAGGAAGAGCAGCAGCAGCAGCAGGAGGAGAUGAUGAUGGGAAUAGGAGGGGAGAGGGAGAGAGAGACGGAGGGAGAGCGGAGGAGAGGGGAGCAACACGGUGCCGCUGGCGUCCCGGGGUGGGCACGCCAGGGGCGGCGGAGCGGGCAGGCAGCCUGGCGCGGCAGCCCACCCGCAGGUACACCGUCAGGACGGUGCGGCCGGUGAGGCGGGUGGUGCGCACUAGGAGGGUGAGGGUCUACAAGGACAAGGAUGGGAGGGUGAGGGUGCUGGAGAGUGAUGCUGGAGAGAGAUAGAGAGAGAAGAGAGAGAGAGAGGGAGGGAGGGAGACUGA